CCGAGCCGAGCCGAGCCGAGCUGCAGGACUGAAGACUGCACCGCACCCUGAAACCAGACCCGAUCUCUGCCUGCCCCCCCCUCCUUCAGCGUCCCUGCAGGCUGCAGCAUGGAGCGGUCCGGCAGCAUCCAGCUGGACAUCCCGGACUUCAGUAACUCGGUUCUGUCUCACCUGAACCAGCUCCGUGUUCAGGGCCGUCUCUGCGACAUCGUGGUCAACGUGCAGGGCCAGAGCUUCCGGGCGCACAAGGUGGUCCUCGCCGCCAGCUCGCCGUACUUCCGGGACCACAUGUCUCUGAGCCAGAUGAGCACCGUGUCGCUGACGGUGAUCCGCAACCCGACGGUGUUCGAGCAGCUGCUGUCCUUCUGCUACACGGGCCGCCUCUGCUUGCAGCUCGCCGACAUCAUCAGCUACCUGACGGCCGCCAGCUUCCUGCAGAUGCAGCACAUCAUCGACCGCUGCACGCAGAUCCUGGAGGGCAUCCACCUGAAGAUCAGCCUGGCGGACAUGGACGAGGAGCCCGCAGAGGAGGCGCGGGGCUCCAGGGGCAACCGGACCCUGGAGGCUGUUGUGCGAGGAGGCGGUCACCACGGUGGCCUACGGCUCCUUGGCCCGCGGGGGGGUACGGAGGUGUGCGAGGCGGUCAGUCCGGCAGAGGAGCCUCUCAGCCCGCCGCCAACGGUGGAGCACAGUGGGCUGGAGGGGUCCGGGACCACUGGCAGAGCGGGAAAAGAACCGAUCCUUCGCAUCAACCGGGCUGGUCAGUGGUACGUGGAGACGAGCAGCGAGCCGGAGCGCCCGGGCAGCGCAGAGGAGAGCGGUGGCAUGGACCGAAUACGGAUCAAGACUGAGAGGAUGGAGGAGUGGAUCGGCGCCGGGGAGCACCAGGAGGAGGGGGGGCCGGUAGAAGAAGGCACCACGGUGAUGAUCGACACGUCGGGACGCAGCACGCUGGUGACGGGGCCGGUGGGAGCGCUGGGGGGCCGGAGCGCCCAACCGUCCUCCAGCUUCAGCGAGACAGACAGGUUCAGUCCCACCGGCAGCGUCGUCGUCCUGGCGGAGCGUCAGCGAGCGAAGAGCGAGUCUCCAAGCCGGGCGGACGAGCUGCGACAGCCGAGCUCCCAGGGGGAGGAGCAUGCAGCAUUCGAUAUGGGUGGCUACGAGGACUACCUGAGGGAGCAGGUAGGAGACCGCUGGUUCCGCUACAACCCACGGCUCACCUGCAUCUACUGCUGCAAGUCCUUCAACCAGAAAGGCAGCCUGGACCGCCACAUGCGCCUGCACAUGGGCAUCACGCCGUUCGUCUGCCGUAUUUGUGGGAAGAAGUACACCCGCAAGGACCAGCUGGAGUACCACAUCCGCAAGCACACCGGCAACAAGCCCUUCCACUGCCACGUCUGCGGCAAGAGCUUCCCCUUCCAGGCCAUCCUCAACCAGCACUUCCGCAAAAACCACCCGGGCUGCGCCCCUCAGGAGGCCCACAGCGCCUCCCCCGAGACCACCACCGCCUCCGUCACAUCCAGGGGAGGGCCGAGCGACGAGGCCUCCCCCAGCCAGGAGGAGCCGGAGGGCGGGGGCGGGAGCAGCAGCGGCGGAGGCGGAGGCCAGUACAGCGAAGGUCCCCAGGCCUCGGUCUCCACCACGGGGCCCGACUGACCUCAAAUUGGGGAAGUAGGGAAGGGUCGAGGUUGGGGUAGGGGGGCCGUCUGAUCCACCUGGAGCCAACAGGACGCUGAACUUGCAGCGACAGAAAGGACACCUCAGAGUCUGAACUGAGAUUUUUCCGCUUUAAACCGCAUCUACCUUCACUAACCAAACCGAACAGAUUAAGCUAAAAUGAAGAAACACCACACACUCCAACAACCUCAUACGCCACACGAUGCAGUGGUCCUCGUUUGCCUCCGUCGAGUUUAUGUUACAGAUUUCUACUUUUAUAUUUACAGGUAUUACAGGUUCACAAUGCAGCAUCACAACAGUCUGUCUGGUGGAAACUUUGCCAAACUACUCAGUGCCAGUUUAACAGUUCCAGUCUUUCGUAUUUGCCUUGAGACAAUCUGGAGCAGUGAGGUUAAUAAUAAUAAUCCUGCGCGCUCUUCAAGUGCCACGUCGGCAUUAAACGAUUCAGUUGCACAAAAAGGUUCAAUGAGAAACUUCGACUGUUAAAGUUCAGUUUCAGUGUGAUCGGAGGUUCUCGUCUUUCCCCGUUCUCCAGUUUCUGGGACAUCAAAUUUUAGUAAAUAGAUAAAGAUCUCACACUACACGGCUUCACACUACUGAUCUCUUGUUCAUCAGUCAGUUCUGAUCCCAGUCCUGAUCCUAGAGGGUUUACCGAAUGCUCUGGUUUCUAAAAAUAUCUGUAUUUAAAACUAUUAUAAAGUUUUUACUCUAUAAAAUGUAGUAAAGUCUUGACAAGAGUUGUUCUGAUACCAGUAUCUGAAACUCUGAUGUUACUUCCUAAAACGUGGUAUCUGUGAGUACUCAUAUCUGAGCACUGAUCCGAUACCAUAUCAUGUAUUAGCCCCGAAACCCGACCCUGAUACUUCUAUAAGUGUCCUUCAACCUCCUCUGACUCGUUGGCUUACCCUGAUAUUCUUACUCUAACUGACCAAAACCAACAAGGUCAUCAAGGAACAACUAGCAGCAAGUUGAUUUCCGUGUAACGUUAGCUAGAACGUGCGCCGGGCCGUACAACGAUGAAAUCAUUCAGGAUUGUUCAGUCGGAUUGGUAUCGGAAUCAGAACCGGAAAGGAAAACUUAGUAUCAGAACACCUCUCUGAUCUUCUCUAUUAAAUAUUCUAAACACAAGGUCCACUUACUUAGCUCUACCUGGAACAUUUGACUGUAUCCCAUGACCUUCUCUGGCUAAUAGAAUCUGCUCAGGUGUUAUCACGAGACCUAAGUUCAGGACUUAGGUCUCGUAAUACCAGGUGGUUGUAUGUGGGGGGACAUUACCUCCGAGGUUGUGGGAUAAACUGAUAUAUUUGUGUCCCACGGUGGAGAAUGAAGCUUUAUGAUGCAGUGAAAAGAACUCUGAUCACACUGGAUUUGUUCAUUUGGCUGUAAAUCGAGUAUAAAUUCUUUAGAUUGAGUGUCGAACUCGGUUUUAAUGAUCUGGUAGAUUAGAAAAAGGACCAUCUGGCAGCCUGUUGACUGAACAGACUCACAGCAGGAAAACUGGACGCCGUCCAGUCUCAGAUAAGCUACACAGCUCAGUUACCUCUCAUCACUACGCAAUACAGCUGCUGCACUGCACAGCACAGCACCACCGGGGGGCGCUCUGAUCCACUCACACAGAGAUCCCCGUCAGUUUUCUCAGAUAUUUUUAUAACAAGCAUGUGUUUUUGUUUUUGUUUUUCUUGGACACUUUUUUGCUCUGACAAUGUGUGUGACAGACGACAGAAGCUUCAGACGAGUGUCGCAACCUGAUCAGGAACUUCUGUCGCAGUUAAUGACGCGUUAAAUCUGCUGCACGAGCAAAAACUGAAGCUCCAGUUUAUCAAAAAAUCAUUCAGGGAGAAUAAACUGAAAAGGUUUAGCUGGCUAAUGUUUAUAAAGCUGUCCUCAUCACAAUGGAGGCAUAUAUGCUAACAUUAGCCUGCAAGCUAACUGGCUACAAAUUGUGUUUGAAUCGAUCAAUUAUUAUAAUCAAUUACAUACAUGGCUAUAAGAGCUAAUAGUUGUUAGCAGCUUGUUUUUUAACUGAUUGAUGAACUGAUGAACAUUAAUACACAAACAUUAAUCUACAAGCUAGUUUAUGUUUUUACUCUGUUGGCUCAGAACUAUUUGAAUUAUUACAAACCAGACAUUUUUAAAAAGAGUUCAAAGCUCGGACCAACGGUUAGCUAGUUAACUACAAUGACUAACAUUAAUUAACAAAAAACAUUAAUCUAAUCAAAUUGUAUUUUAUUGACCCACAGACCUCCGUUGCUUGAACAGUUAAUGUUUGUGAGCUUGUCUUUAAGUUAGCUGAUAACAUUUAUUAAGAAAAUCAACAUUAGCUUGGACGCUAACAGAUUUCUGCUUCUUCAUUGUGUUGUUUUCUUACAGUUUGCACAACAGACCAUCAUCAGUAUAGGAGCUAACAGCUGUUAACUGUUUCUAUCAGCUGAAACAUUAACACACAAAAAACAACGUAAUGUACAAGCUAGCUGAUGUUUGUUAAAGAGCUAAUGUCUGUGAGCUACUUAGCUCCUGUUAGCUCGUGUUAGCGGAUGUCUACUAACAUUAAAGGGGAACUUGGCAACUUUUUCAGCUUAAUAAACCCGUUUAGAAAUCAUUUGGAUGGUUAAAUGGCCUGUUCCGGUGAAAAUGGUGACCAA